UAUACAAUACAAAAUCCUUAUAAGGCUUAGUUAACUAUUAAAACUUUCUGAAAUGUCUGUAAUAUUUAAUGCGAGUGUAAAUACUAAAAGCGCUGUUGAGUAUCAGACAAUAUCAUCCACACAAAGUCAUUUAGCGGAGGAGCAGUCGGAGCGCUUGCACAAGUGGAUUUCAAAGGAUCAACUCGAGAAACUUCAUUCGGCGUUUCUAAACACUCCCGAGCGUCAUGUUGGCAUUGAUGAAUUGCGUAUCAUACUUGAAGAACUAGACAUAACGUUCAAUGAUUCAAUGUAUACACGGCUCUUUUUAAAGAUUAAUCAGAAUCGUGAUUUUAAGGUGGAUUGGAAUGAGUUUGUAUCUUAUUUAAUAUUUGGCUUUCAAGAGGAGGAUCCGAGCAGCCAAAAGGAGUCUUUAAUUUUACCAAUCUCCGGACCCCCAAUGGUUAGGAAAUCAGAACACCGUUCAGCUAUAUGUUGUUUGGCCCUCCUCAAAGCCAAAUCGGACCAAAUACCAAUUGAUGAAGUAACCGAGACUAUUAACUUUUCCUUUGGCGGUGAGGAUUCUCCAGAAGCUUCUGGAAUGUGGGUCACGGCCAGCCACGAGGGAAUGAUGCGUUUUUGGACAUCUCAUAUGGAACCAAUUCGAACUGCAUCGUCGGAAAGCAGUAAGUUUAAAUAAAAUAUUUUACGUUAUAAAAAACAUAUCCAUUCCAUUUUGUAAAUAUAUUUUAUAUAUAUUAUAUCUUCGUUGAAACGAUCUAGACGUCUACCAAAAUCUGUCCUUCCCUGUGUGUAUUUUACAUCAAUCUGUCGAAACUUCAGGAAUUGUUAAAGAUAUGAAUCGAUAUUCCCAUAUAAGAUUCCAAAAGAAAUUUUAAUACAAAUUUUUUUCUGUAUCGUAGUAUUACUGUUACGCAGUAUACGUAAAGUGUGAAUACUUUACUUUAAAUUUUGCUAAUUGGUACCACGGCAACACCUCCAGCUAACCGAUCUUGGUGCCAUGCCGAUAGACAUGAUAUAGGAAAAAACAUAUAAUCGAGUAAAUAUAUAAAUAAAAGAAUAUUAUGAGCAGACAAGGUCAGAACUUGAGAUAAUAUUAUAGUCUAUUCCAGUCAGAACAUACUCUGUGGCGGUAAUGUCACCCAAAGUUGAAUAUAUCUACAAUAAAUGAAUGAUACAGAAAUUUGUAGUAAAUCUCCAUGAAAUUGAUAAAUUUAUCCGACUAAUAAAGACAGGACUUAAAAUUUUAAUAAAACUAAGCUUACAAAUAAAUCCUGUGAAUUCGGGAACUACUAUAGACUAUAGAUAUUAAAUAUAUAACUAUAAAUUAUUUAUCAGGAUUUUUAGACGAGUCGA